AUGGUACGGAAGCGGCGGUACAUCAAGCCAAAAUUGACUCGCACCCACAAGAAGAAUCGUUUGAACUUUGUACUCGACCAGGUGGACCGUUCCACUCAGCGCUUACCUGAUUUCUUGAACUCAGCACACGGGGACGAGAAAUGGUUCUAUAUGAUGAAGGACGGUCAGAUCUGUCGUGUGUUUCCUGAUCGCCAGGGUCAGUACCGAUUUCCUCGCAGUCCCAAAAUUUAUCACAAGAGUAGAAUGCCGAAGGUGAUGGUACUCGCGGUCUGCGCCCGUCCACGACCUGAAUACGGAUUUGACGGUCGCAUCGGCAUGUGGAGCUUCACUAUUGAGAGGUUAGCUAAGCGCAGUGACAGGAGAACUGGAGUGGUAGCUGGGCAAACGACAAUUCUUGAAGAUGUCACAGUUGAUGCAAGCGCCUAUCGCAAGAAAAUCAUCGCCAAGGGUGGUGUAUUUGAGGCCAUACGGGAAAAGAUGUGGUGGUACCACAAGGCUGCCAGGUACGACCUCGAUGCUUCCGGAUGCAGGAAGCCAAGCGGUGAGCUGGUGAGUGGUACAUGGCGAUUCUCACGUAUGAGAGGUACACCGUGUGCUGAGGCAGGCCAGUCUCUCCUGUACCAGCACGACGGUGCGCGCCCCCAUACUGCGAAGGAGAAUCACCGUGCUUUUGCGUGUCAAAGCAAAACGAAGGGGUUCUCUCUCUGCGUGGUCACUCAGCCAGCACAGAGUCCAGACGUCGAUGUCAACGACCUGGCGUUUUUCAAUAGCCUCCAGAGCGAUGUAUCUCUGGUGGCUAAGGAAAAUCGCCAGGAAUUGUUGGCUGCGAUUUUGGACUGUUGGCGUGAAUACCCUGCCGAAAAGAUGGAGUCCGUGUGGAGGUGUUUACACAAUUCGUACCACGGCAUUCUGGAGAGUGGCGGUGGAAAUGAAUACCCUCGACAUCGUGGCUCGCGGACAGCACAUCGGAGCGACAUCGAGAGUUGCAGAGCAGUCACAGCAGAGGCUCUUACUGCAGCUGAAUGCGCUCUAGUCGCACUUUCGUCGGAUGUCAGCGACUGUGAUUCCUCUCGUCCAGAAGCUGCGACGUCCGAAUCAGAGGAGAGCGACUCAGACUGA